AUGUGCAAAUGUGGACUCGAGCAUCAUCAUCAACUCAUCCUCGUCAACAACUGCAACGAGACCAUAUGGCCCGCUAUCCAAGCUGGCGCGGGCCACCCGACCCCACAAGACGGCGGCUUCCAACUAAGCACCAACCAAGAAAUAGUCCUCAACGUGCCGGACAAAUGGUCCGGCAGAAUAUGGGCUCGUCAAUCGUGCAAUUUCGACCAAAACGGCCAAAAGGGCUCGUGCGCCACCGGAGAUUGCUCCGGCCAGCUCGGCUGCCGGGGCCUUGGCGGCUUGCCGCCAGCAACGGUGGUGGAGAUGACUUUAGGCACCUCAGCUUCGCCACUUCACUUCUAUGACGUCAGCUUGGUCGAUGGCUUCAACUUGCCGGUCUCGAUGAAGCCGGUCGGUGGUGGGGUUGGGUGUGGGGUCGCCUCGUGUGAGGUGGACCUCAACAUUUGUUGCCCGUCGGCUUUGGAGGUUCGGGUCGCGGGUCGGGUUGUGGGUUGCAAGAGCGCGUGCUUGGCCAUGAAGUCGGCCAAAUAUUGUUGCACGGGGGAGUACUCGAGCCCGAAAACUUGCCGGCCCACUGUUUUCGCUCGGCUUUUCAAGGCGAUUUGCCCCAAGGCGUAUAGCUACGCGUUCGACGACUCGUCGAGCUUGAAUAGGUGUAGGGCAUCGAGGUAUUUGAUCACGUUUUGUCCCCCGAAGUGA